AUGAUUGGAGCACCCAGGUAUCAGCUGCCGUGGGUGCGCUGUGCUGGGUCACCUCCCGGAGCCCAAAUGAGGGGCCACCUGGAUGAAGAGCCUCGAGGGGGAGGGCAGAGCAAGGACAACGGCCAUCUGGGACAGGCUACCCGGGAAGGUGCGUCUAAAGGCAGCAAGCCCGAGGAGGAGCUCCAUUCAGAGAGCCUGUGCCAGGGGUCUGGCUCGGGACUGGGCUGGGGAACGGUCACCUCGGGGGAAGCGGGUCCUGCAGGGCCCGAGCAGGCUGACUCCAGGGCAGCGGAUGAGGCUGGGGUCCGCACCCACUUCACGUCCAGCCUGUGGCCCGGCUGCCUGAGCGUGUCUCACGUGUGUCCAGGCCUCACGGCCUGCACGCGGGCCUCCCUCUGA